AUGACGAGCAAAAACGACAAAUCCCACCGACGCUCCGCCUCGUCUUCAAUUGGCGGAGCCGCCCAUGUGUCCCCGCAGCAGCUCUCCAAAGCAGCAACGCUGAUGGAAAAACUCCAACAGCCCGAAAACGCCGCCAACACGCGUCAGGUGGCCAAAGCGCGCCAAGUCAUGACGCUCCUGCAACAGCAGCAGCAGCAGUCGCCGACGGGUCAACAACCGGCCCGGCCGUCUACAAGCGGCGGUCGGCCGGCGGCCGUCAGCCGGCCGACAAGUUCCGGCGGCCGACCGGCAGCGCAGCAGCAACUGCUUGAGAGGCCGAGCACUCCUAGUAAGGGCGACGGCGGCGGUCGCAUCUCCGCGAGCGCGGGAAGCGGCGGGAGUGGCGGAAGCGGAAGCGGAAGAGGCGGAUCGGGUUCUGCGUUUUCCGCAGCUGGCAGAUCUAUGUCGUGUAGCGGCCGCGGUUCGCCACUUACGCCGCCCGGAAUGCACGGCGCAGCGUCUCCGGGAUUCGACGAUCGGCAGGGGGCCAGCGGCGGUAGCAAGGGCGGUGGUGUCGCGGGGAGGUCUGAGAGCGACGGUGGGGAGGAGGAGAGGCAGAGAGAACGCUACCGGCGGGAUGACGGCAUAGGCUCGGAUGAAGGCUUGGGUGAAGGCUCGGAAGCAGGCUCAGAUGACGAGGGGGGGGCAGAGAGAUAUGGGGCGGAGGAGUAUGAGGCACGGGGGAUGGGCGCAGAUGGGUAUGCGGACGGGAUGGGGGAGGAGGGGGAGGAGUGGAAGAAGAAGGGAAGGGGAUGGAAGGGGAUGGAGGGGGAGGAGGAGGAGGAAGGGGAGGAGUGGGAGGAGGGAGAGGAGGGAGAGGGGGCUAGAAGCAGGAGGGCGAAGGAAGGGAGGGGAAGCAUGCAAGGUGAUGAUAGCCGUGAUAUAUACAGCACCCGCAGUGCUGACAGCGCUACUGCCAACCUGCGGGAAAGAGGGCUGCCCCCCAAAGCUGGUGAGCGAGCCCGUGACAUCUACGGCACCCGCAGUGCUGACAGCGGUGCCAACCUGCGGGAAAGAGGGCUGCCCCCCAAAGCUGCAGCGCCAGGGGGUCGUGUGCUGCGCAAGUCGCUCUCUGAGCGAAGCAUUUCCACCACCAGCGAUUCCGCCUUUGAUACAGACCUCGAUGCUGCUGCCGCCGCUGCUGCCGGUGUUCCUGGGAUGGAAACUCUCAGGCAAGAGAGCCUUCCCUUAGACCCCAGGCGCGGAAGGGGAUUGACCGAGCCUGGAGUAGGAGGGGGGAAGGGCGAGGGGCGGGCGGAUUGGGAUGAGGAUGGGGGGAGGAGGAGAGGGGGAAGAGGGGCGUCCGGGACUGGGCUUCCCCCUGUUGGCGGGGGGGUUCCCCCUGGUCUUCCCCCUGGCCUUCCCCCACCUGCUGGAGGCGCUUCUCCUGGCCUUCCGCCUGUUUUUCCUGGUAGGAGCUCUUCUGGGGGUGGCGAGGAGGCUUAUGACGGGGAUGAGAGGGUGAGGGGGAACAGGAGGCGGUCGUUUGCGGAGGAGGAGAGGGAGAGGGGUGGGGGUGGAAGGGGAGGGGAGAGAGGAGAGAGGGUGGAGAGGGGGGGAAGGCUGCCUAGGCAAGCGAGUGAGGGAGGUGCUAUGCUGAGAAGGUAUGAAGAGGAGGAGGGGGAAGAGAGGAGGCAUAGGAUGAGCAGGCAAAGCAGCUUGGAGAAACGGGAGAGGGAGGAGGGGAGGGGUGAGAGGAAGGGGCGAGGGGAGAGGGAUGAGGGAAGGGUGGAACGGAGGGGGGAAAGGGACGAAGUGAAAGGGGCUAGAAUUCCGCGUGUGCCCCGUCAAUCGAGUGUAGAUGGCGGGGUGGCGGAGAGGGAGAGGGAGGAGAGGCGGGGGGAUAGAAUCCCGCGUGUCCCUCGACAAGGGAGUGUAGAUGGUGGACGGUCGGAAAGGGAUAGGGAGGAGAGGCGGGGAGGGGAUAGGAUUCCCCGGGUUCCUAGGCAGGGUAGUGUAGAUAGUGGGGGAUGGGAGAGAGAGAGGGAGGAUAGGCGAGGUGAGAGGGGAGGUGAAAAGGAGGAGCGGAGGGGAAGGAUUGCGCGUCAAGCGAGUGUUGACAGCGGGAGGGAGAGGGAUUGGGAGGAGAGGAGGGAAAGAGAGAGGGAGUGGGAGGAGAGGAGGGACCGGAUUCCUCGUCACUCCAGCGUUGAUGAAUGCAGGGAUAGGGACAGGGAUAGGGAGAGAGAGAGGGAGAGGGAGAGAGAGAGGGAGAGGGCAAGGGCUGAUGAGGCAAGGCGAGGACCACGUAUCGCCAGGCAAGGGAGUGUGGACGCGGGGUGGGGAAGAGAGAAAGACAGGGAGCGGGAGAGGGAGAGGGAGAGAGAGAGGGAGAUGGAGAGAAUUCGAGGUGGGAGGCCAGGGGGUGGGGUUCCAAGACAGGUGAGUGCAGACAGUGGGAGAGAGAGAGAGGGAGAACGAGGGGGAGAUGGAGUACGGGGAGAACCCAAGGGACGGAUUGCUAGAGGAUCCAGUAUGGAUGUGGGUGCAAUGCUGGGAGGGGGAGCUGUGGAGAGGAAAUACGUGGGGCAGGGGCAGGGGCAGUCACACCCUUCUCACUCCUCUCUGCCACGGUCCCAAUCGCAGUCGCUGCAGCAGUAUCACCUGCAGCAGCAGCAGCACCGGGCGCCCUUACCCAGACGUGCUUCUGUUGAAAGUGACCCUCAUUCCCCUCAUCGCCUCUCUGGGAGUGCUGGUGGGAGUCCCCAUAGCCCCGGCGCAUCUGCUGCUGCUGCUGCUGCUGCUGCUGCUGCUGCUGCUGCUGCUGCUGGGGGUGCUGCCGGUGCUGCCACUGGUGCUGGCAGCGCAGGAGGAGACAAGAAAAUCUCCCGCCUCUCCUCUCUUUCCGCGGAAGACCUGAACGCGUUAGGGGCAGUGGAGGGGGACGCAGCAUGCACUGUGGAGGAAAUCCAGUCCUCCUUUUUCAAAUCCAGCAAGAAGGGGGGGCUGUUAGGGUUUGCUAAGAGGGGCCUGGCACAAAUGAAGCGAGGGUUCUUUGGGAGUGGGGGCGGGAGCGUGCUUGGGCGGGAGUUUGGGCGGCUGGACAAGAAGUAUCUGAUGAUGGAGAAGGAGCUUGGGGCGGGGCAGUUUGGAGUGACGCGCGUGGUGCAGUGCAAGCAGACCGGGCGGCAGCUGGCUUGCAAGUCGAUCAAUAAGGGCGACCUGAAGAGCAAGGCGGAUGUUGAUGCAGUGAAGAGGGAGGUGAUGGUGCAUGAGGUGCUGGGCGGGCAUGCAAACGUGGCAAAGCUGGAAGACGUGUUUGAGGACGAGGAGGCGGUGCAUCUGGUGAUGGAGCUGUGCCAUGGGGGUGAGCUGUUCGAUCGGAUCAAGGAGAGACGGCGCCUGGAAGAGAGAGAUGCACAGGGCAUCAUGCAGCAGGUGCUAUCUGUGCUAGCCCACUGCCACCAGCACGGUGCUGUCCGUGCUAGCCCACUGCCACCAGCACGGCAUCGUGCAUCGGGACAUCAAGCCACAGAUGAUGCAACUGAAUGCAUGCCUGCCCAUAUCCCAUCUGAUCCCUUAUCCCAUCAGGUGCUCUCCGUGCUGGCCCACUGCCACCAGCACGGCAUCGUGCAUCGGGACAUCAAGCCAGAGAAUAUUCUCCUCAAGUCACAGCCCUUUCCCUCUUCAAGCCCCUGUCCCUCUGCAUUCCAUCGCCUAUCCCCCCAAUCCCACCAGGUGCUAUCUGUGCUAGCCCACUGCCACCAGCACGGCAUCGUGCAUCGGGACAUCAAGCCCGAAAACAUUCUCCUCAAGUCGCAACAGUCCCUCUCUGACUGCCGGGUGAUCGACUUUGGCAUUGCUGCUAUUGUGAAACCAGGUGAGACGCCAGGUGGGCUGCCAGGUGAGGCGCCAGGUGGGCUGCCAGGUGAGGCGCCAGGUGGGCUGCCAGGUGAGACGCCAGGUGGGUUGCCAGGUGAGACGCCAGGUGGGCUGCCAGGUGAGAAGCCAGAUGGGCUGCCAGGUGAGACGCCAGGUGGGCUGCCAGGUGAGACGCCAGGUGGGUUGCCAGGUGAGACGCCAGGUGGGCUGCCAGGUGAGACGCCAGGCGCCAAGCCCCUGACGGAGUUCAUGGGGUCGCCAUACUACGUGGCACCAGAGGUGGUGGAGGGCAGCUGCUCCUUCCCUUGUGCAACUCCUUUUCUCAUACCACUCCCACCGCUCCCCACCCCUCCCCACCGCUCCCAACCGCUCUCCAUCACCAGGCGCCAAGCCCCUGAUGGAGUUCAUGGGGUCGCCAUACAAUGUGGCACCAGAGGCGCCAAGCCCCUGACGGAGUUCAUGGGGUCGCCAUACUAUGUGGCACCAGAGGUGGUGGAGGGAAGCUACUCCUUCCCUGCAGACAUCUGGAGCGCGGGGGUCGUGCUCUAUGUCAUGCUGGCGGGAGUGCCGCCUUUUUGGGCGCGUACCGAAGCCGGAGUGAUCAAAGCUAUAAAGGAAGCCAAGGCGAGCUAUAGAGGGGACGUGUGGCGCGGCGUGAGUGCGGAGGCGGUGGAUCUGUUAAAAAAGAUGCUUUCCCGUCCCGUCUGUCCCCUCGCUACUGUCACAAUGGUGAAGUUCCUGAAGCCGAACAAGGUGGUGGUGGUGCUGCAGGGCCGCUAUGCCGGCCGCAAGGCGGUGAUCGUUAAGAAUUUCGACGACGGCGUUUCCGGCCGGCAGUACGGCCACGCGCUCGUUGCCGGGAUCUCCAAGUAUCCCCGCAAGGUCACGAAGAAGCUCACUCCCAAGACCCUCGCGAAGCGCUCGCAAGUGAAGGCCUUCAUCAAGCUCGUUAACUACAACCACCUCAUGCCCACUAGGUACCAGCUGGACGUGGACCUCAAGAGCACGGUGACGGCUGACAAGCUUGAGAGCUCGGCCAAGCGGGUGGAGACCAAGAAGGAGCUGAAGAAGAUCUUUGAGGAGCGAUUCAAGACGGGCAAGAACAGAUGGUUCUUCUCCAAGCUCCGGUUCUAA